AUGGUUGUCCACAGAUACUUGAACCUUGAGAGGUGCAAUAUUAAGAUUGCUGAGUUUGGGCUCGGUAUGCGUGAUGGUCAUUUUCUGAAGCUGUGGAAGCCCCAGCUACACUGCUCUCGAGGAAAAUUAUAUGUUGGACCUGAAGUAGAUGUAUGGAGUUGCAGAGUUAUAUUUUUGAUUGAUAAAAAGAGAGGGAGACUAGAGACUAUGAUGUUUCAACAAGAGUAUCCAUAUGGCUUCUCACUCAUGGAAACAUCAUCAAGCUACAAAGUCUUCGCAGAGCAACAACCUAUUUCAACGGACAACUUAUAUUCUCUACGAGCACGAGGUGGUUUCAGUGAACCGCCGCUGAAAAAGAGAAGGAGGAGGAGAACGAGAAGUGAUCACUUGAUAGAAGAGAAAGAGAACCAAAGGAUGAAUCAUAUCGCCGUCGAGCGUAACCGGAGAAGACAAAUGAAUCAUUUUCUCGCCAUUCUCAAAUCGAUGAUGCCUCCCUUUUAUUCUCAGCGUAUGAGUAUAUAUAUCAUUUAGGUUAAUGAUUACAUGUUGGGUGUAUA